AUGCUCUCACGAUCGAACAGCAACGCCGCCGAUCGGCUCCAACGAGCAAAGUCCAACUCGUCCGCCCACACCGCCACCUCCAGCCAUCACCGCCAGUCCACCAACAUCGAGCCUUACGUCGGGUCACAGCAACAUGCAGAAGCCGCGGCAAUCGAAGCUCAUAGGCGUGCGCAAGAGGUCGAACACCCGACAUCACGCCCAGUCCCGCCCAAGCUGCAGCGGCGACGCAGCCAGAAAGACGGCACGAGCCAAGGGAGUCACUUCGAGAUCGCACGGAGGAAGUCUCUGGCGCGAGCCGAUGAUGAGCCCAGAGUGAGGCCAGUGUCGUGUCUGCCAAGUCCAUCGAAACCGAUCACAUCGAUCGAAGAAACUCAGGAAGGCACCAUCAUCACACGGAGAAGGUCGGUCAUUCCUCCUUUAGCAGAACCAAAGCUGUUGCCGAACGAUCCGGCAUCAUCGGCGUCCACCUCUGCUCGCCAAGUCCGCCGACGCCAAUCAGCAUACACAGAAGGGAGCCCUCAGGCUCGAUCUUCACAAACCAUUCAGGACCCCGACGCAACCUUGCAGCUGCCGGACCUUGGAGCCGACCCCGCUGGCAUAUUUCACCUGCGUAAGACGCCAGACUAUCGCCCAUCUGCCGCUGCGGAUCAACGUGCUACACGAUCGCGUCGGCCGUCUCUUCGCGAAACGCAGACAGAUGAGGAUAUUCGCAACAUGGCUCGUGAUGAGUACCUGCAAGAUCUUCAUGCCAAGCGUCUGCGAGAGAGGAAGUCAUUCAUGCUGGCUCCCUUCCAAAAGCGGCGGGCGACGACGACCGCCACCAACCUCAACUCGUCCUUGCCUCCCUUCAAUUACGCUAACGAUGGCAAUGCCGCUCCCUUGCCCGUCAAUCCAGCGUUUAAUGCCCUUAAGCCGGAAAAGUCACGCAAAGUGUCAGACACCAUCAAAGGCCGCCUCAAGAAGGUCUUUCGCAAAGUCUCAAAGCCAAUCAGCCUUCCUCCUCAACAUAUCGAGGCCAACGAUCUGCACUACACCGUGCGCCAAGAUGAUGUCAGCGAUGCAGAGGUCAAUCCCGUAGUUGAUUGCACGGAUCCAUUCAUGACUGCCACAGCAGAAACACUCGGGCCGCCCGCGGUCAAAUUCAACAGCACUCAAAACAGCAACAACGGUAGCCAGGAAAGCCUUGCGCGGUCGAGAGUCACAAGCUGGACAACCUCAACUGUCGCAGGCAUGAACAGCACGCGCACCAGGGAUGGACCUUUUGCUCAAGGGGACGAUGCAACAAAGGUGCGCAAAAGAAGCUCCUUCUUCGGCCGGCCGAUACAGAACAAGCUCCGCCGUACCAGCAGAACUGAUCUGAAGGGAUCCGAAGAGAGUCAGAGUCAGAGUCACAGCCUGUACGAGGCAUUGCAGAAAGUGAUUAGACCAUCCAACUCUAUCGACCCACCUCGGCAGGAAAUCUCAAUUUCUCCACCCAUACCACCACGACCAGACACUAUCACAUCAAGAGAGUCGACCUCCUCUGCACGUGCACUACUGCCAUCGCAACAGCGCUGCAGCAUCUCUGCAGAAAGCUAUGGGACAAGCCUCUCAUCCACGAUCCGGCCAAUCUCACCUCUUGACCCAGCAGAAUAUGGUGCUGUCAACAUACCAUCGCCCAUCAAAGAAGUCACCAGCCCAGGACCCGACUACAACGGCGCUGACGAACAAAGCUCACCUGAGCGUACGCCAGGCGGUGGACUCAAGCGACGUACUGCCACGAAAUCUUCAGCGCCUUCGCAAGAACAACUCACUCGCCGGAUGGAACGCCACAAGAAUAGAUGGCAAUCUCCACUGGACGAGAUUGCUCCUCAGGGAGGGCAGUCAGCAAGAAAGAUGAUGCCCGAAGACAAUCCAUACGAAAUGCGCUCUCUCAGUCAGUCGAUGCGCAAUCCCGUGCCACACAACGAUCUGCCGUAUCAUGCCAACCUCGGUGCUCCUCGUAUGGACGCCUUGUCGCCCAGCGUGUACUCACGUGGUACCGACGGCGCAUCUCCACGCCCAUUGACACCCGAUGAUGUUGGCAUGACUACCAUCACCAUCACUAGCCGUGAGGUCAGGAAGUAUGACAUUUCGCCUGGCCCGAAACAUGGAGAUGCCACCAAACGUAUUCAAGGCAGUCGAGAAUGGCGCAAGUGGUUAUCCGAUGAAAUCUGCAACUUUACUCCCGCCCAACAAGUGGCUGGUGGCAGACCAGGCUCUUUGUCUCCUACGAUGUAG